AGCUGGUUACAACUGGGCUGGGAACAAUUAUUGAUACAUAUGUCAUAUGUGUUAAUGUGUAGUUUAGAAAAGAAUGAGAAAAAAACAGUAAUGUAACAAGAAAGUUAAAAAGUUAAGAAUUGUAUUAAAAAAUGUUAUAGAAGAAAAGAAAAAAGAUUGUUAACAAAAUUAUAUUUUUUUAAUGUUUAAAUCAGGAAAAUAUUGAACAAAGAAAAGUAUGGGAAACGAUAAUUGUGGCUGUUUGGUGGGAUGGCCUAAAGCAAAAAAAUCAAAAACAGAUCAGGUAGUUUCGUCAGGCAAUUGGGCUCAGUUACCUAGCGUUAUCUUAUAUGAUGUAUUCAGUUUUUUAAGUCAGAAAGAUAGAAUUAAUGCCUCAAGUGUGUGUCGUAACUGGAGACAUGUUAUUUUCCAUCCCAAUUUUUGGAAUGAGUUUACAUUUACGAUUCAAGCAGGACAACAUGAGAAAACUAAAUAUCUAAGCAGAACUCUAAGUAGUCUUGUUAAAAAUGCUGUCAUCAAGUUUGAUUCCUUAACACCGGUUUGCAUGACUGAGUUUACAGCUCUUUUACAAAAUUUAAGUACCAACACUAAGCUUAAAUCUCUUAUGCUUGAACCAUCUCAUUGCCGACUAGUGGAGCCUGUGGAGUACUGUUUUGAUACGCUUAAUUAUUUUUCUAAUUUAUCAGAAAUAAUAAAAAUCUUUUGUAACUUUCCUUUGGAGAAAUUUAGCAUUGGGGGUUGUGAAGAGCUUUGCCAAUUUGUUCCACAAUAUUUAGAAAGGUUAAGUAACACUCGCCCUGAACAAGUCAGUAUUUUGGGGCUUGCAUCAGUUAAAGAUGAUCCAAGUAAUUACCUGAUAUGUGAAGUUGAUGCUGUGUUGUUUUCAGCAUUUAGAAAUUUGAAGAUAUUAAGUAUAGACUAUGAUGCUCUCUGUGAUGAUGUUUUGGAUACACUGAAUGGCGCUGAAAAUUUGAAGCGUUUAAUUGUUCAUGUGCAUGGGGUUUGGUUUGGUCAUCCAGGGACUUCUAAUGAAGCUUGGGCAAAAUUUAAGCAAGUCCACCCGACUUGUGAAUUUAGAUUAACAUUAAUUCAUGCAUAUGAAGAAGUAUUUCACAUGGAAAAUGGUAUUUUGCAAAUACAAAUGCCACUAACACACUUAAAAGUAUUCUUUUGUGAACAUAUAAAUGUAGAUGUAUUGAAUUUACUCUCUUCCUGGUAUCCCCAAACUCUACGGAGUAUAAUGUGGGUUGAUUCCCGUUCUCCUGACUUAGAAGGUACUUGGGAUUUGGUAAAUCGCUUCAGGGAUGCUGAAAUAAACGAACCAGAUCCACUUGUAAUGGCUGCCUGGCUGUGCACAAAGUUGGAAGAGGUUGUUCUAUUAGGUUAUAAGUAUUAUGAAGAAGAUCUUGUUGCCAUAGCUAGAUUAAGAGGAAAUACACUGAAGAACUUAGAAGUGGCUAGUGAAGAUAUUAUUUCAAAUGAAGGCUGUAAAAUUCCUACAAAUUUGAUCGAAGAGAUGUCCAAGAUAUUUGAUAGACCAUGGGCUCCUUUGAAAUCGAGUGAACUACAUCCUGUGAUAUGCAAUCCAACAGACGGUGAUUCAGACGAAUACCUCCAGCCAAAGGUGUUGGCUGAUCUCCACUUAUAAGCUAAGUAUUAAAUUUCAAACGACCAAUAUCACAUGAUAUAUAAAUAUAUAUAUAUAUAUAUACAUUAACAUGCACACGCGAGUAAGAACUUUAAUAAGUUUAUGUUGUUGUUUACAUUCGUUUAUUAUACAUACGUAUAACUUAAAUAAUUUAUUUACGUUUAAUACUGAUUCGUCAUGCAUUAAAUAAAAACUUUUCUA